AUUUAUGCCAACAUGACAAUAUUGAUAAAUGUGGUCGUUUCCUGAGAUUGACUAUAAUCUCUUUGAAAGAGAACGAAACUUGUGGGCACUGGUAUCGGACAGUCCUGAAAGUAAAAUAUUGUUUUGAAUUGAAUGUAAAUCGAAGCUUCCGUGACAAGUUUCUUUGUUGAGGAAGUUGGCGGUACUAAUAUAAAUUGUCUGGUAUUCAAUUUUAUUAUUUCAUAUUAACUGGGCAUUAUACGAAUCAAAGUUAGUGAAACUGGCAGAGUACUGAGUCAAGCUUUCAUUUGAAUAUUAUUUUUAACAACAAAAUUGUGAAACUUGCAAAAGAAAUUCAUUUCGAAAAAGAUUGAAUACAUAGCCACAAGUUGACGUGUUACUGCACCAUUAUUCAUUUACUUCUAUCAACUUUUGAAUUCAUCAACUCAUCAUAGACGUCGUUCGUUCAAUCUGCAGGUCAAACUUUAUCAAGAAUGUUGGUCUUGUGCUUCUUUAUCACUGUACAUGUCGCUUUUGUUGAAACAAGAAGUGUUCUAGUGGAGACGGGAAAAAGCCAAAAAAUAAACGAAGAGAAAUUGAAAGCCUUUGAACAACGUUUUCUCGAUAUGAUUGGAAUAAAGGAGAAACCACAAGGUUCAAAGAAAUUGGCUGUGCCGCAGUAUAUGUUAGAUUUAUUUAACAGUCGUGUGCGUGAUCCUAAUUACAUCUCGACAAAUAUGAUAUUUCAAGAUUUUGCAACGACCGCGAAUACAGUUCGUUCUUUUUAUCACAAAGAUUUACCGCAGAGGAACAGUGGAACUAACGUAAGAUCAAAGAGGAGCGUCUUUCUUGAUAUGAAAAGCAUUCCUUGGCACGAGGAGUUAGUUAAAGCCGAGUUUCGUGUUUAUAAAAAUCGUUCCACGAUGGAAUCGAGCCAUUUCAUAAAUCUUUAUAAGAUUUUACCGUCUGGGGAAAGAGAAUUACUCGACUCGAAGACGCUUAAUGGUUCCUCGUUCGGAUGGUUAAGCUACGACAUUCUUGAAGCGGUAAAACAUUGGCAUAAAUCACCCAAAGAUAACUAUGGUAUAGAGCUUGAAUUGAUGAAUGAAAAUGGGCAUUAUGCAGAUGCAUCUCAUAUUCAUUUCGAUAAACCAGAUUGGAUGAACAUAGAGCAAUGGGCCAAUCAUCGACCAUUGUUUGCAGUAUAUUCACGAGAUCCCAAAACUCAUGUACAUAAAAAGCGUGAACGCCGUAACGCGUCCCCGUCAUGGAAAAAUUAUAAUGGUCAAUGCCAGCGUUUUGAUCUGGUCAUUGAUUUCGUUGGCCAUUUGAAAUGGGAUUGGGUCAUUCAACCUUCAACAUAUUCAGCUUACUUAUGCAAAGGAAAAUGUGUGUAUCCAUUGGUUGAUCAUAUGAACGCUACAAAUCAUGCCAUGGUACAAACCCUGGUUCAUAGUUUGAAGAAAUAUCGUGAUAAAAUACCACCUGCGUGUUGCGUGCCUACGGAACUUGAGUCUGUUAUGUUGUUGCUUCAGAAAGGUAACUCAGUUGAACUGAAAGAUUAUCCAGAUAUGUCUGUGACGAGUUGUGGAUGUAGAUAAUAUCAUAAAAUAUAAAGGAAAACGAAUUAUCCAGCACUUGUUUCUUCCUUCAACUCAGAUAAUCUAACUAUGUCUUGCGACACUCGCAUCCCUAGUUUCUGCGCAUGUGCAAAGUAUGGUCCGUUUAUAUGUGGAACAGAUUUCAUAGUGAACAAAAUUUACGAUUUCUCAAAACAGAACUAUGUCCAAAAGAUUGUGAAAACAGAAAAGGUGUUUCUGAUGUUGCCUUUUAGAGCAAAUUGUCCAAUGUGGUGUAACGAGUUGCUUCAAAACGAGAUUAUGGGUUUGGAAACGGGAUUAGGAAGUCACUCGUCUUGUGUGUGCAAAUUUUACCAAAACAUGAUGUCAUAUAAACAUUAAUUUAUAGUACAUAUCAUCGUUAUAUCACGAAAAACAAAACAAUGUAUAGUGUAUAUUUUUAUUGUUUAUUAAUAUUAUUAUUUCAGGAUAUAUUUGUAAAGAAUUUUGUAAAUAUAAUGAUUUUGAUUAUAUGUGUUAGAAACAA